AGGCGCUGCGAGCCCGAGGCUUCCGUCGCUCUCUCUUCUAGCUCAAUUCAUCCUAAUAACUCUUGGGAUAUACGGCGGAGUGCCGAGUCGCCGGCAAUAGCCCGUUUCUUGCGUUCACAAACAGUCGCUUCAGGUCACUCGGCGCUGCGCGGAUUCGAAGAAUAACAGCGCCGAGUCUGUGGCGAUGGCUAGCGAGCUAGCUGGCUAGCUGCUUGCCAGCUUGCCUCGGUACGUGUUUCGGGAUUUGAAAAAAAAGUUAUUAAGCUCAGUUCGCCUAUAAAACUCGUCGUACGUGUGAAUAAACAACUCGUCGUGCUUUCUCCUCCACCGAAAGCCCGUUCGUCCGAGGUUUAACGGUCGGUUCUGCGGUAUCUCGGUCAUAUUUCAAAGUGUGCUGUCAUGGAUUGAGCCGCUUGAUUUGAAGAGCUAGAGAGCUUCGGCCCAGCGCAGCCUCCUCCGGAGUGCGGAUCACCCACAGCUAAAGCUCAUACAGCCUCCCUGGUGAUCUUAGGAGCUCUUUUUAAAGAGCCCAGACUUGGACAGCUCAUGACUUCAGACCAGGAAGGGAAAGAUAUAGCUGAGCCGCAGGUGCAGCCGUCACAGGAAGUGAGGAAAAAAGAAAUUCCCCUUUUGGAUGCCACCAAGGUUUCUGAUCUCAAUCCAAAUGCAAAGGCAUGGGGCAGUUAUAUGACUAAUCAGGAAGCCUCGGGACUGGCCUACACACGCUCCCUCCCGUCAUGGGUAAAAGACACCAGUGACCCAACAAAUACUGUCUCAGGAGGUUAUGUUACCAGCAAUGACAAAGGGAAAUGGAAUGAAGAACAACAGGUAUCUGUCUCAGUAGAACUGCCUUCAGCAGUGCCACCAGAAGCAGUGGACAUGGGAAGCACAGUCAAUCAAUUGCCCCCUGGGUUACAACAAGAGACCAGCAUGAAAGAAAGUGAUAGUUCAGACUCCUCCAGGCAGCUUGAAGGCCUUCGAGAACAGCUAAAGGCUACACUAGAGUUUUGCCUCUCCCGGGAGAACCUAGCCAACGAUAUGUACCUCAUCUCUCAAAUGGACAGUGACCAGUAUGUGCCAAUUGUGACGGUGGCAAAUCUUGAUCAGAUCAAGAAGCUGAGCACAGAUGUGGAUCUAAUUGCAGAUAUAUUAAAGACACUUCCUCUUGUACAAGUGGACAAAUGUGGUGAGAAAGUACGACCAAACCAGAAUAGAUGCAUCGUUAUUCUCCGAGAGGUCCCUGAGGCCACUCCUGUUGAGGAAGUUGAAUCUCUGUUCAAGAGUGAAAAACUGCCCAAAUUUGUCAAUUGUGAAUUUGCCUACAAUGAUAACUGGUUCAUCACCUUUCAAUCAGAGGCAGAUGCGCAACUGGCGUAUCAGUAUCUCAGAGAAGAAGUGAAGACUUUUCAAGGAAAGCCGAUAAAGGCAAGGAUAAAGGCCAAGGCCAUUGCUGUCAACACUUUUGUGCCAAAGAAUGGGUACAGGCCCGUAGAUAUGUCCCCAAACAUCCAGCAGCGAUAUACCUCUUACUAUAUCCCGCCUGUGUAUGGAACGCAGCAACAGUUCCCCCCGAUAUACAGACUGGUAACACCUCAAGGCUGGUCAACAACACAGAGCUACUUGGACCCUUUAGUUACUCCAUUCCCUAACCCUGGAUUUAUCAAUGGCUUUGCUGGAUCUCCUACUUUUAAAUCAGCCACUGCACCUUUGACUGUCAGACAUUAUCAACCAAGAAACAGGAAUCACAGUAAAAGCCAUGUUCGACCCUCGGCACCGACUGCAGAGCGUGGUACAGCUUUAUUGGAGAAUCCUGGCACUUUCACAAACUUAUCCUCGGAGCGUAUUCCCAAUGGGACACGCUCGCUACAUACACAUCAGAUUAGCAGCCGGCCUCGACUGCCCAGCGCACCAAGUUAUCCUCGCAGGGACCAGGUCGGCAGUGGACGAAUGGAGGUGAAUGGGGCUGAUUACUCACCGGUCAUUGGCAGAGGAAGGAGAAAUGGCUUUGGCUACAAGAAAAGGAGAGAUGACAAGUUUACAAGAGCCUCCACGCAGUCACCCCCUCCAGCCCAAGAGCGUACCCCAUCUCCAAACUUUGAGUUGGGUCUGUCCAGCUUCCCUCCUCUGCCUGGAGCUGCUGGCAAUUUGAAAACUGAAGUGAAGAUGGAAAACAACUUGGAGAACCGAUUAUCUGAUAUAGUUACCGGUGUGGCUAAAGACAAGGCCCUAAAUAAGGAUGCAGUUACCAGCAGUGUGACUUCAGGAAUCCCCAAAGAAUCAGCGCAGACUGUUAUUGCUCCCACUGCUCAACCUCCAGUGGAGCAGCAAAACCCAUCCUCUCCAGUCCACAAGAGAUGUUCAUUGAAGAUACAUGAGGAAAAAUCCAAGGAGGUGACUGCACCUGCAGAGAAGCCUUCAGUUCCACAUGCUGCUAAAAGUCCCCCAGUCCAACUCAACAAUCCAGUCACGGAGCCCCGAAAGCCAAGCUAUGCAGAGAUCUGCCAGAGGAUAAGAGAAGCACCGAUGCAGCAGCCUGCAGUUGAGCCCAAGCCCACGGGUUCGUCCGCAGAAGACGCCAACUCUCUUGACUCUGUAGAGCACAGAUGCAGAGAAACACGGCUCCCCUCAGCCAAAGCGGCACUGCCUCGUGUCCGAGACGCCUGGAAGUCUCAUCAGGGUACCGGCGAGACAUCGGCUUCCUCAUCUCAAUCCUGAGGGCUCGGCAGGGACUUGCUGCUUGGACUGAGGAAUAAAGGCUCCGUGGGACAGGGCUGCUCGGCAUAGCUCCCGUUCUGUAGGGCUUACUGUAAAUGCACAUAUUGACAGCUGUCACUGGAAUCAGGGCCUGCAGAUGAAAGCACUUGUGGGUGCAUAAGGGUUCUCUGAUGUACUUUUCUUUUUUUGUUCUUUUGUUUUUGUCUAGUCCUUUAUUUUUUUUAAUGCUUUUAUUUCCUUCUUUUUUCUUCUUCUUCUUCUUUUUUUUUUUGAAGGACGACUGGCCCUGUUGUGGAAAGGUGGUGGUUUUUUUUGGGAAUUAGCUUUUUUGCCAGAGCUCAAGUCUUUUUUUUUUUUUGUUGAUAACAUAGUGCUGGUAGUAGGAAAUACUGACUUUUUGAAGUAGUGCUGAUCUUGAACCCUUUUUGUUUUUCCAGUUUUUUUAAUCAACGUGUAUAUAAUUUUCUAACCACCAGGCACUGACAGCACUGGGUCUGAUUCUGUUGGGCUUUUCUACAGUAGGCUGACCAGUCGUAGCUGCUGUGCUACGCAAUUCAAAAAGUCAAUUUGUGUUCAGUUUUUAUGUAUUAAUGCAUCGGCACUGGAGUAGUUUUGAGCUCUGACUUUCAUUUUAAAACCAGCACAUGAUGAUUUUUUUUU